UGUAACGUGUAAUUUAGCUAGGGUUAUAGGAAAUCAUGACUUUGUUACAUCGGUCCAAUUCAUACCCAUUGUAAAAUUGCACGCACAAUAUUAAUUAGGAGAAUGGAAUGUUACAUGUGUCAGUUCCGUGCAGUCGUGCUGGCCAGCCAAACUCUUACACGAGGGUUAAGAUACAUGUACCACGGAACAGACAUAUAACCACUGUAUAUCCAAUAUCCAACUUGUAUGAUUAAAUACUGGAUCAGUAUUGAUCUAUGUUAAAAAAAAAAAAAAAAAAAAACACUCGGCUUGCCUUGUUGAAAUUUUGUACGGUAACUAUAUUAUAACUGGCGAUCAGUGGGUUGGAUAGUAUCAAAGGUUCCGGAACAACAGGCUAGGGCAUCAUACAUAUGAUAUCUGAAUCAGACCCUUCAUUUGUUAGCAAGAAUGUGAAAAAAGAAUUGUCACAAGCCGAGAUAUCUUAAUUAUCAUUCGAUUAAGGUAGAAUUAAUUGUUGGUAACGAUAACAAUGUAAGCAUAUCUGGUUCAUCAUAACUUAUAUUACGCACGUUUUCCAUCAUUUUCCUUCAUAUAUUGUAUUGUUCAGAACAGUUUAUCUUAUUGAACAAUUUUUAUUUAUCGAGAUUUAAUUUCGAUUUUGCCCUAAUAUCUGAUAGACUAUUGUAAAUGUUCAUUUUUAGGUAUAGAAAAUUAUUCGAUAUACAAUGUACAUGUAUACGCCAAGAGCACAGUGUCAUUAGGUUUAUUUCGUUUACUGUCUUCACUGUACCAAAUCAAUAAAAGGAAUCAGACGAAUUUAGGCAUUAGAGGAGCUGCGCAUAAUGACAGCGCUUGAGCCGUCCUUGUCUGGCUAGUGUUGGUCUUACUCGGAGAUAAAUUUUGACAAAGGAGAUUACAAUCGUGAUGUAUAGGUACUUACCUGACUUACUUCAGCCCAGACCCCCUCACUCCGAUCGACCUGUACAGGUGAUGUCCAGGAACUGCGGGAUUGAUUUGGUUAUCACAACAGUCGGAUGAUCAAACGCAUAUCAAAACGCUGAGUGUAAGCCACCCUUGAACUCUAGCAAAAGCAGAAAUAAAAUCCUGAUUGACAAAACUGUUUGAAUCCUAUAAUCGGUAUAAAACUAGUGUUUCGUAUCCAUCAGACGCAUAUGCAAUUCGCUUCUAACGGCAGCAAACUACCAUUUUUGUCAUUAAUGGGGAAAACAGUACACUUAUAAAACACAUUUUAAACCAUUGCGCUUUUUUUUUAGAAAUUACGAUGCAAGGUGUAAUUUUUGUACUUGCCGUUUCUUUUGCCAUAUUCCCUGGCGACAAUGGUCAUUACAGUAGCGAUAGGUAUGACUUGAGUGGAUACCAGGGGCUUUUUAUGUCUAAAGAUGAAAUUAAAGGGCUGAAGGAGGACAUGGGUUCGAUGAUGUUAGCAACCAUCAAAGACAAAGAUCGCACCUUCCGCUUCAGUCCAGGAACAGGAAAAGUCAAGAAUCCCAGAAACAGGAGAGGGAAGGAAGAAGAAGAAUGUCCCGAGCGGUCGAAAAGGCGCACAUGUCCUUCUUGUUGUCAAACACAAUGGGUGGCAGAUCGAGUAUGGAAGGUUAAUUACAACAACACGGUUUAUGAUGUGGUACAGACUCGCAAUAAAUACCAAAUCAUCUUCCAAGGCAUCUGCUCCUGCAGCAACUGUGGGCCUGUGAUAACGUGCGGUGAGGAUGAUUCGUUUUUCACGCCAAUAAUGGUAGAAUUCGGUGAGCGUCCAAAGAACGGCUCCCUCCCGGCCACCCGCUUUCUCCCGCUGAGGAUCUCCCGCUUCUGUCAAUGUUCGAAGGGAUCAUGGAUCGUGUAAACGUCGGCAUUUGACUUUGAACAAACGAUAGUGUUUGGUGCAUUUUGUAUAAAUAUCGUGGGUUUAUUCGUUGUAAGAUAUAUUGAUUUGUUUUUGUUAUGAUAUUUGUCCAAUUUUGUAUAUAUAUACACCCGUAUGUGUGAUAUGGCUUUUACCUACAUAAAUGGUUGUUUUAUAAGUUUUGUAAGAACUAAAUAUCAUUAUGUCUGAUGUUUUCUUGUCAUGCUUUGAAUUAUGAUUUUUUUUUUCUUAAAUCAUACUCAACUGAUAUUAUUUUGGUCCUAUUGAUUCCUCAUUUUAGUAUGAAAUAGUAAAGUAAA